GAUUGAGCGAAAUCGGCUGGCGGUGAGGGUGAUUUGAGUCCAGCUGUUUGCUAAUACUUGUCUGUCCAACAACCUCCUGCUGUCAGACCCUCGAAGUAUGACAACACAGAACCCAGCCUCAAGCCACCCAGCAGUCCCAGCAGUCGAGACCCAGCUGGAGCCCAGCUGAAGCUAUAGCGGUCACCGGCUAAGCCUCAAGCUAUUCGUCCGACGCAGCAAUGGGGUCCUUAUCAGAAGCUUGGCUGCAAAAGUGGGCCAAUGGAGAAGCUACUGGAGCGCACCACUCGUGUCGGCGUCAUACAGAUCAUCUUUCCUCUUUCCCUCUGCACCUCUGCACCUCUCCAACGAACAGACCACCCUCGGUCGCAAAUUGCCUCCAGCAACUUUGGAUACUACACAUCCAUGAUGCCGGACUGUUUCCAUGCGACCGACUCUUGCCUGAACGAGCGUUUCAAUGACUGCCAUCGAGCGCCCGAGCCAACGCAGCUUCCGCAAAGGGACUAGUGGGACGUUGGUCGGUGAUGACAUCAUUGAGUCCGACCUCGGCUGGGCCUGAGGAAUCCAUCAAUCAAAGGGGAUGCACCACCAGACUAUCAAUGGAUCAGUGAUGAUUAUGAUGAUGAUGAUGCACUGCGUUGUUGUUCCUCGCAGCACAGCCAUUCAUUUACUCCCAAAAGGGUCCAGCCCUUGUCUCUCCUCCCAGACAUUGGUCGACUGAUCCAUUAAGAUUAUAUCGAUCGGUUCCUGGCCCACUCCGU